UUUUAUUUUGCUACGCGAGACUAGGUAGCGCUUUAUUUCCUGUUUCCGUUCAGCAGUCGGAGUUCGUUUGGUUUUGUGAGAGAUUUGAAAAUAAAGAUGGACCCGGCACUUUUAAAGGAAAGGGAGGCAUUUAAACGAAGGGCUCUUGCCACGCCUGUCAUCGAGAAUCGGAAAAAAGACACCGGGUCAAAUGAUGCACCUUCAAAAAAGAAACAGAAGUCCAAUUCUUCAAAACCCAAAGAUAUGUAUAGCUAUAAGAAUAUGACAUUAUCUUCACAAUAUAAUUUUAGUGUUUUGGCUAAAAUAGUUAAGCACAUGAAGCAAAGACAUUUAGAUGGAGAUACACACGCUUUAUCUUUAGAAGAGAUUUUGGACGAAACAAAUCAGUUAAAUAUUGGAAGCAGACAACGUCAUUGGCUCAUGACUGAGGCUUUGGCAAACAAUCCAAAAAUUCUGUGCUUACCGGAGGGAAAAUAUGCCUUUAAACCGGCAUACAACAUCAAAGACAGAAAAUCACUAUUAAGAUUAUUAGAUAAACACGACCAAAGAGGACUGGGUGGAAUUUUAUUGGAAGACGUACAAGAAUCUGUUUCGCAUGCAGACAAAAUUAUUAAAAUAAUUGGAGAUUGUGUGAUUACCGUAACAAGACCAAUUGACAAAAAGAAGGUUCUGUUUUAUAAUGACAAAACUUUACAUUAUACAGUAGAGGAAGAAUUUCAAAAACUGUGGAGAAGCGUAGCAGUGGACGGAAUCGACGAUCAGAAAAUAGAGGAAUAUCUUCAGAGGCAAGGAAUUACCUCCAUGCAAGAUUUAGGAAUCAAGAAAGUUGUGCCUCUGCAAAAGAGAAAGAAGCCGACGAGUAAAAAGCCGCGCACGUUCAAGAAACACAAUGAACACAUGAGUGACAUUUUACAGGAUUACAGCGAAUCUUAGUAGUGUAUUUAAAUUUGUAUAGUACCUUUAUUAAAUAUUAUUUUGUAAUUA